GAGCGGCCUUACUCCGGACAGGAAGGAGGGCCGCAGGGCUCGGGCUCGGGGCUCCGAGGGCCCUGGCGAGAGCAUGGGAUCCAGAGCAGGCCCACCCGGCCCAGCCCACUGUUCAGUUCCAGCUCAGCCUCCAGCCUGCAGCACACGUAUUCACAGCUCUCUCACUUUCUCCCUUUUCUCUCUGUCUCUGUUCAGCCCCACAUAACUGUACACACUUAUGGCCAGAGAAGGGUACUGAUGGACUAAGGUUCUUUUAUCCAUUAGAAUUACCUUGAAUUUACCUAGUCUUGGGGAUAGAGGAGGAACCCCCUAGAGAAACUGUGGGUAAAUAUUUAAAGAGGGUCUGUUGACAGUUGCCAUCCACAUCCUGGCCUGGGCAGCCUGCCUGGGGAAGUAGGGGGUGCAAUGAAGCCAGGGGGCCCUCCAGGCUGAGCUGGCAUUUCCUAUAGGGCUUGAGUAUGUGGGGACAAGUAAGAGGCCUGCUCCAGUCCCCUCCAACCCAGAUACAAAUAGUCUCCCGAGAAGAAACAUCCUGGAUCAGCCCAGCCGGAAACCAGGGACCCGCCAGCUGCCCUCUGCUCUGUCCCCAUAAACUGCUUGGCUUUCAGAGCCCCCAGCCAAGCUGCAGGGCAGCCCCGCCUGGGUAUGUGAAGUGCGCCCCACCUCCAGCCCUCUCCUCUACCCACAGCAGGCGGGCAAGAGAAUCUUGGGGAUGGGGGAAGAUGGGGCAGCUUCCCACCCUGAGGAGGGGCAGGAGACGUGGAGGGUUGGGAUGCCUGAGGUAUUUGGGGAUAUGCUGUGCUGACAUGCUUGCCCCUUCUGAGUCCCAGGCUUAAGGACGCCCUGGGGAGCCCAUCUUUUGGGUUAGGGGACCUGCUCUCUUGCUGGCAUUCAACCGCCUGGGGGGAGGGUCUUAUACCUGUUGAGGUAACCUGAGUUGACCUGCUGGCUCAGGUGUCUCUGUCUGAGAGGAAGGGAAGGGGAAGAGGGGAGAGGCACCUUCAAAUCUGAAUGCGCACCUUGGAGAAGCUGGCCCCAACCGUUAGCUGGGGCUGGCUCACCGCCCCCCCCCCACCACACACACACAUAUACCACACCCCCUCCCUCCCCCUCCCUCUCCUCCCCUUCCUCCAGGUCCCCCCAGCCUUGAACCCCUCAACCCCCCGCCAUCCCUCCUUCUCUCUCUCUCUCUCUCUCCCUCUCUCUCCUCUCUCUCUCUCUCUCUCUCUCUCUCUCGCCUGUCUUCAUGUCGUGGAUUGAUGAACGCGAAUCGCGUGUAAGCGCCGCCACCGCCGGGAGUCUGAGGAAUUCGCCUGGGCUGUUAAAGGAAAGAGCUAAGUGCGAGAGCGCGAGCUCUACCUACCGACCGUGAAGAGAGCCGCCGCCGCCGCCGCCCGCGCCCGCCGCCGCCGCCGCCGCCGCCGCCCGCGCCCGCCGCCGCCGCCCGCGCCCAGCCCCGGGAGCCGCGCCGCGCCGGCCGGGCCCGGCACCCAGGCGCCCCCCCACCUGCCCAGCCCAGCCCCGGGGAGCCGGCCGGCCCGGGGUUCGCUCCCGGGGGAGGGACUUUCGGGGGGUACCGGGCGGGGGGAGUCGCGAGCCGGCGGGGAGGGGGCGGCGGGUUUUCAUGUGCCCAGCAUGAGCUCCUACUUCGUCAACCCCCUGUUCUCCAAAUACAAAGGCGGCGAGUCCCUGGAACCGGCCUAUUACGACUGCCGGUUCCCUCAGAGCGUGGGCAGGAGCCAUGCGCUGGUGUACGGGCCCGGCGGCUCGGCGCCCGGCUUCCAGCACGCCUCGCACCACGUCCAAGACUUCUUCCACCACGGCACCUCGGGCAUCUCCAACUCGGGCUACCAGCAGAACCCGUGCUCGCUGAGCUGCCACGGAGACGCCUCCAAAUUCUAUGGCUACGAGGCGCUCCCCAGACAGUCCCUUUAUGGGGCUCAGCAAGAGGCGAGCGUGGUGCAAUAUCCCGACUGUAAAUCCUCCGCCAACACUAACAGUAGCGAAGGACAAGGCCACUUAAAUCAAAAUUCGUCUCCCAGCCUCAUGUUUCCAUGGAUGAGACCCCACGCUCCGGGGCGGCGCAGCGGAAGGCAAACUUACAGCCGGUAUCAGACCUUGGAACUAGAAAAGGAGUUUCUCUUUAAUCCUUAUUUGACACGAAAGCGCCGGAUUGAAGUCUCUCACGCCCUGGGACUGACUGAGAGACAAGUGAAGAUCUGGUUCCAGAACCGAAGGAUGAAGUGGAAAAAGGAGAACAACAAGGAUAAACUGCCCGGAGCCCGAGAUGAAGAGAAGGUGGAGGAAGAAGGAAACGAGGAAGAGGAGAAAGAAGAGGAGGAAAAGGAAGAAAACAAGGACUAAGCAAAAAAGAGAGACCCCCCCCCCCUUAGCAACUCCCUUGAAGUUUCGUUUUAUGGUAGCGGAUAAAUUGAGAAGUUUACGACUGUCAUUUGCUUUUAUAGAGAAUAGAAUGACACUCACAACUCUAACUACCUGUCAGAUACUUGCAGCUCUGGUUUUAUUACCUUUGGACUUCCCCCGAUCUUUAUUUGUUUGGGGGCUGGAGGGGGGGAGACCGAGACACAGCGAAAAGUUUGGACUCUGUCUCAGUCCUUGCCCCAACACACACACUUGUCCCUACCCCCACCCUUCGGAGUCCUGCCUGGAUUUUAAGGUCUGAGACCUGGCCUCUUCGCCCCUCUCUCACCCCUUCUUGCCACACUCCCACCUCCCUGCUUCUCUGGUAUUUAUUUUAGAGGGGAGCCCUCUCAAAAUGCGGACGAAGACUUGUGGCUUUGUUUUUAUGCUAGGAUUAUGUAUUAGAUUGAAUUCUUUUCAAAAGAAAGGAAAGAAAAGUGAAGGAAGGAAGGAAGGGAAAGAAAGGGAGAUGUUUAAAGAAAUUUUUAAAAUGAUAGCAAGGAAUAUCCCUUCUCCCUCCCUGGGGCUCCCCCACUUAGAAAGACCCCCUUGACUUUCUCUAGAAACCUGGUGGAAACCUGAAAGAGAUGCGGGUCUCUCCCCUGCCUCCUCUCCCCACGGGGUAGAUAGGAGCCUGCAGUCGCCGCUGAAAUCCUACCUAGCCAUCCCAUGGUCACUCGGGCCCAUGCCUUCCUCCCCUUCGCUGUCUGAUUUCUGUUGUUGGGCCCAGCUUCCUCUGAGCUGCACUAGUAUUAGCGCUCAGAAAUCACCAUAAUCAUGAAAAUAAUAAGAAUGAUAAUAAUAAUAAUACUGCGAAUAAAUCUUUAACAUACUACCUAAAGGGAACCUGCAAUAAUCAUGAAAAAAUAAAAAAGAAAUUUUAAAAAAUCCUAAUAUGCAAGAAAAAAAGAGAAAAAGAUUAAAAUUAAAAAAAAAAGAAAGAAACCUCCAACGUAUUUUAU